AUGCGGACUCUCAUCGCCUUGGCCUGGGCCAAUGCUGCCCUGGCUCUCACAGUCACCUACGACUGGGAGGCUACUUGGGUGAACGCUGCUCCCCUCGGCGUCUCCAGACCUGUCAUCGGCAUCAACGGGCAGUGGCCUUGCCCCAAGAUCGAGGCCAACGUCGGCGAUACCGUUGUCGUUCGCCUUACCAACAAGCUUGGCAACCAGACCACCGGUAUUCACUUUCACGGCAUCAACCAGAUCAGUACCAACCCGAUGGACGGCCCAAGCAUGGUCACCCAGUGCCCUCUGCCCCCUGACAUGACCAUGACUUACUCCUUCACCGCUGAUGUGGGUGGCACGUACUGGUGGCACUCCCACAACAUGGGCCAGUACCCUGACGGCAUGCGUGGCCCGUUGAUCAUUCACGACCCCCAAGACCCCUACGCUGGCCAGUACAAUGGGGGGGAAUUCAUCCUCGCCAUCUCAGACUGGUACAACGAUCAGGCCAUUCCUUUGGUGCAGAAAAUGUUCCUUCCGAGCAACACUUUAUUCACGCCACCUAUUCCAGACGGCCUCCUUGUCAACGACGGGUUGGGAGCGAAUUUCCAGUUUGAGAAGGGCAAGACCUAUCGCAUUCGCAUGAUCAACUACGCCGCGUUUGCCUCGUUCAUGGUUCACUUUGACUCUCACGACAUGAAUGUGAUCUCGACCGACUCGGCCUACGUAAAGAUGAAGACGGCUUACAUGUUGCGUAUCGCCCCUGCUCAGCGUUACGACAUCCUGGUCAAGUGCAAUGAUCGUGACAACCGCAACUACGGCUUCCUCAUUGCCAGCGACUAUAACCGCGACUACACCGACCCGACGUUCGAGCAGAUCUGGCCUCACAACUACACUGGUCAACUCGUCAUGUUCCCCAACAUGCCAUUCUAUACCGACCCCGUCAGCGAGUUUCGCCCCUCUGAUGAUUCCGUCUUCCAGCCUUUUGAUGAUAUCUUGCUUUUCGACUGGGACUUCUGCCAGGAUAAGAAUGGCAUCCCCCGUUCCUGCGUCAACGGGUCCCCUUACGUCAACCAAAAGGUGCCGACCCUGUACACCGCCGCUUCCACGGGCGAGUACAACACGAACCCCGUCGUGUAUGGCGCCGUACACCCCUUCGUCGCUCAGUACGGCGACGUUGUCGACAUCGUCGUCAACAACAAGGACGCCGCCAUUCACCCCUUCCACCUUCACGGCCACCACUUCCAGGUCCUUAGUCGACCUGCCACCAACGCGGGCGACUGGCCUGGCCUCGAACGCGCCCGCCUCAACCAGAUGCCUCCGCGCCGCGAUACCGUCUCCGUCAUGGGCAAGUCGUACGUCGUCCUCCGCUUCGAGGCUACCAACCCGGGCGUCUACCUCUUCCACUGCCACAUCGAGUGGCACGUCGAGAUGGGUCUCACCGCCACCAUCAUCGAAGCCCCCGAGAGGCUUCGCAACCUCACCGUCCCCGAGGAUCACCAGGCUGCCUGCCGAGCCCAGGGUAUCCCGACGGCUGGUAAUGCCGCUGGUAAUACUGCAAACCCUCUUGACCGGACUGGCAUGAGCUUGGAGCCGCCCACGGACUACGUCGGUGCCUCCUGGAGUCCUGCCGCCGGGUCUGCUGCCGCCGGGCCUCCUGCCAGGCUCCGCUCGCGUGUCGCCCGCACUCGUCUCUAG